AGUUUUAGCCAAGUCAAUGCCAUUAACCUCCAGCACACUCAGACCACCGAGCUCAACGCUAGAGUCAUCUAACCUAAAGAGCUACAGAUUGGUUUAUUACAACGCUAAUUCGGAGCGGUGAGUCGUAUUGUCUUGUACUAAAUUUCAUUUGACUGUGCUUUCUGCAAUAUGGAAUUGGCUUUUGUCUGCUAAAUGACUCAUCAAAUCCAUCUACCUUUUUCACAAUCUUUUACCAUCUUCAAAACGAUCCUAUGCACCAAGUACAGUAGUUUCAAGAUCCCUUUACGCACCAACCAUCGCAACGGUCUCAUCGCCGUAGCGGUGUUCGGAUUCCUCUCCGUCAUCACGACAACUAUUUUAUUCAUAUAUCUUACAUACAAGCUGGCGCGUUGGAGUAUCAGACAAGCAGGGCGAAAGCGAGAUAAUCACCAGGCAAAUAUGACUGAUCUCUCGCUUGGACUAUCAGAGGCACAGUACAGUCAGUCCAGAACGUCGAACACAGCUGCCGUACCUGCGAAAUCGCAACUCCGAGAUGAAGGCUCUGUUUCGAAGGGAAUAUUGAACCAAUUUCUCUUCCUAGUAUAUAGCCUGGUAUUUGCAGAGUUGCAGCAAUCUAUAGCUUUCCGGGUCAAUGCAUCUUGGGUCGGGUCAAAUGGCAUUUUCGUGAGGACGUCGACAUGCUGGGCUCAAUGGUGGUUCGUCUCCGUUGGUGACUUGGCAGCCAGUUGCUUCAUUUCCGCGAUCGCAGUAUACACAAAUCUCACAGUCAUAAGAGGGUAUAAACCACCACAAUGGGUGUUGUACCUCGCCAUCGCAUGUCUAUGGACCUGUCUACGCAAUGGAUCUAAUGGGAAUUCUGAUUACUGAUAACGGACGAGGCACUGGGGGUCUCUACGUUAGAGCUGUCGCCUGGUGUUGGGUAAACGUCGAAUACCAAAAUAUUCGAUUGUGGCUACACUACUUCUGGAUCUUCCUAUCUCUAACAUUAACUAGCGGACUCUAUAUCC